GAACCACCUGAAUCGAUUCAACCUUCUCAGUGUUGCACAACGUGGAUUCCGCAAAGGAUUUUCAUGUCAGACUAAUUUACUUGUAGCUCGUGAAAGCUGGGCCGAAGCGGUAGACAGUGGCCACGCUGUAGACGUGCUAUUCGUAGAUUUCUCGAAAGCUUUUGACACUGUUCCACAUCUUCGGCUCUCACUAAAGUUGAGAUCUUACGGGAUAUCUGGUCGCGCCCUUCAAUGGGUGUCUGCCUUCCUUGAGGGGAGGGAACAGUGCGUACGGGUGGGGCGUAGCCUUUCGCUCAGGCAAGCUGUCCUUAGUGGCGUUCCGC